UGAUUGGUCCAGUGCGAUUUGACGCGGGAAAACCGUGUUGCAGUUUAUUGAGUUUAUAUUAUCUUUCCAUCAGAUUAAUUCUUAAACCUCGACCCUUUCCCCCCAAAGUAUCAGCUAUAUCUAGACUCUGUGAAAAUGUUUUACUACCCAAAUGUCCUCCACCGCCAUACUGGAUGCUUUUCCACAAUUUGGUUAGCAGCCACCAGAGGUAUCAGGGUCACUCGCAGAGAGCUUCUCAAAGUCAAUGUCAAGCGAACAUGCCUAGACAUUUUGGACUAUGUGACAGCUCAGGUCCCUGCGCCGCAGCCCAACCUGCCGAGGCCUCGAUUCUCUCUCUACCUGUCGUCUCAGCUGCAGUAUGGCGUGGUUGUAGUCUUCCACAGGCAGUGUGGCUUCCUGCUCGAGGAGAUUCAACAAACCGUUGACCGCCUGCUGCGCUCCAAAGGAUGCAUAAGUAUCGACAUGGCUGAGUCUGACAGGCUGGCCUUGGACGUGCCUGACAGCCUGCACAUGAUGGAGGAGGUUGAGGGAGCUCAGGAUCCCUUCUUCGGCCUCAUGGAGUCACACCAACUCCCCAGCCCCUAUAAAAUGCACCAGCCAGGGUUGGCGAUCGAAGAGGUGGGUUCACAGCACUCCCUGGUGCCCAGUCCCCACACCGCACUUGACAAAGAGGGUUUCAGGUCACCUCCAGCGGCCAUAACCCUGACAGAGAAGGAGCAGUUUGUCAUCACCACUGCUGAGUAUUUUGAGGGAGAUGAACUUCCUGAAGCCACAGCCAGAGAGAUCGACUUGCUGAUGGAUCAACCAGACCAGUUCCGUAGAGAAGUGGAGGAGACGGAGAGGAGCAGGGACCUUGAAGGAGCCAUGUCCUCUAUUGACCAGCUGAAGGAGACAGUGCUAGGAACAGAGCGGGACAGUGAGUGGCUGCUGGACGAGGAGUUGGGUCUGCCUGUGGAGGUUCCCGUGGCAGCUGUUGCCCUAGAGAUGACCCCACCGCAGGUUGCUAUGCCAACCUCAUCCUCUGGGGCAUCUGGGAAAGAGGGAGACAGUACCACAGAGGGUUCCUGUAAUGAGGCGGUUGUUCGUCCUCUGAGGAAGCCCGGCGGAGGUCGCAGGCGUCAGCUGGUCUUUGCAGACCCUCAAGUCCAGAUAUCUGACAGAGCGAUGAAGGAGCAGAUUGAAAACCCACUGGUCCAAACAGUCAACCUGUCCGAGGUGUUGCUGGACUUGCCCUCCUUGACCAAGCGCGCCUCUCCUGCUCAGCUCUUCAGCGCCCCCUGUGGACCCCUCCUCCACGCUGACCUCCUCUCACUGUGGAAACAGGGUGCCUCGCUCGCUACCCUGCCUGGAUGUGAGGAAAAACAGAGGAGGGGGGAUGAGGAAGAAGAGGAGGAGGUGAGAGGGGAGUCAGAGCAGGACAGAGAAAUACUGAGGACAGAGAGGAAGAGGAGGCACUCGAGCAUGAAAGAGAUACCCAGUGAGUCAGGACUGCAACCUGCAGAGGGCUCGUCUGCGUUAGAUGUGGUCCUGGACAUGUCCAAAGAGGAGAAAUCUGUAAGCGAUGUGAUCACUCCAGUCAGCAGAUGGUCUCCGCAGGAGGAGGCCCAGCUACCAAUGGAGCCUAUAGCAGAGGAAAACAUUGAGAUGCCUGAGGCUCAGACUGAUGCAGAGAGCAGGGACAUGCUGAGCUGGGUCUCAUCAAGCCUGCAGAGGUUUGGAGAAGUCACCUUCGACUCUCUGCUGCCCCCGGAGGCCGACCGCACCACUGCAGCUCACACACUCUACAAACUGUUGGAGCUGUUGUCUGCCAGACAUGUGACUGCACGACAGACUGAACCCUACAGUCACAUCACCAUAAGCCCCGCAGCACUCAGGAUGACCGCCUGAACACACACACACACACACACACACACACCCUCACUUAAUUAAAUCCUAAUAGAUUUUAACUGUUUUUUAUUCUAUGAGGAUAAUGAAUUUGAUCCUGUGACCUCUUAGUAACACGAGAUCAUCAAUUCUCACACUGCCAUGGUACAUUUAAUUUGCAAGAAAAUACGACAGGGGUUAAAUGUUUUUAUGUGAACUGUUAAACGUUGAUCUGUGUUACUGUGAUUUUUUCCCAGUGUUUUAAGGAAUGUUUAAAAAAAAAUUUAACCAUUUUAAUAUGGUUCUGAUUUGUUCAUAUGAUUGUAUUUUUAAAUAUUUAUAGCCAUUGAAGUUUUAAACUGUUUUAGACUGAGUAGGGUUUAUUACACAGUUUAUGUCUGGUGUAUGGCUUUUUAUCCUUUUUAAUGAUUUUAAAUUAAACGUUUUUAUUCUGCGUGAAUUUUUAACUUAAACUUUUA